UUUCUUUUUUCCUUUCAAACUUUUCACACAGAUGCUGUAGCAGAUAUCAUCUGGAAACUGUCUUCUGGAAACAGUUUCAAGAAAAUGAACACGAUGAUCCCAGAAUCGGAACAAUUGCUGAAGACGAAUUAUGUUUUCCUCAUAGCGUGCUUUUUCCUGUCAUUCGUAUCAGAAGGACUGCAAAGGCUUUCCGGAUUGUUUUUCUUGGAGAUAAUAGGAACUCUAUCACUUGACAGACAGACUGCUUCAUUACCUUUCAUACUUAACAGAUCUGUUGCCUAUUUGAUAGCCGCAUUUUCAAGGCAGCUAUGUAAGAAAAAAGCAGCUGCGUCUGUGAUUCUCUGGGGAGUUUUAUUAUGCACAACAGGAGUUGGAUUGUGCUUCCUUGUUACUGACAUCAUAUUACUUUCACUGUUCUGGGGUCUUAUUUUUGGAUCUGGAUGCGGUAUGGUUUCACCUUAUGUAAGAAUGGAAUUUAUAAAACAGCAUAAACAGUCCUCAGUUUCUGCUUCUGCGAGUUCAGCUGGACUCAGUUUUAGUUCCAUAAUACUUCCUCCGUUCUUAGAUAUCCUUAUCUACAACUAUGGUAUCAAUGGCUCUUUCUUCAUAUUUUCAGCCAUCAUCUUAAAUUAUAUGCCACUAUCAUUGCUUGCAACUUAUAACAUUCCCUUUCAUCGGCUUUAUUUCAAGUGGAGAAUAAGAAAGAGAAGCAAAAAAUAUUCUCCAUCAUCUCUAGAGCAAAACAUUGGUGCACAUAAUUUUGCAAUAAGUGAAAGCUUUACAAGUGUCUUCGAACCUGAUAUAAUACAGAAAAUUUCUCCUUCGUCCGAUCCCUCUCCCAUUUUUGCUGAAAAUUCGAAAUUUAGUUAUCCUGUCGUUACCCAAAUUACGAAUACAAUAACAAGCCAAGGUAGCGCUGUGAACACCGAAAUUUCUACUCUUUCAGAAGUUUCAGAAGAGCAGACAUUUACUGAUAAUGUACGCUUUUGCAAUGGGCCUGAAUCUCAGAUUAUAAAUGAGAUAAAGAACUAUGAAAAAAGUCAUCAACCAUUUGAAGAAAAUUCUACAGAUCAAAUUACAGUUUCUGAUUCUGAGCCGGAAAAAACUAUAGCUCAGAAUAAUAAACAAUGUCAAACGUAUUACCCUUGUAAAGCUGUUGUUUCUAACAUUAAACAAGAGACAACACAGCAUCUCGAUGACAAGAAAGUUUCUGUUGUCCCUGAAGAAAGCCUAACGAAAUCAUAUCUUAAAGAGAGCACUCUGAAGCCAGAAACAGCAAAUAAUACCGAUAAGUUUGAUUAUAAAUCGAAAGUUACCUCUGUGCCAUUACUACCUAAACAACCCCUAUUAGACAUAAAAGUUCAUGUUGUCGAAUGUAUUUUCACUAGCAGUGCACAGCACCUUUAUGAAAAGGAAAUUUCUGAGUCAGUUGUUCCCAAAAGAAGUGGAUACAGAAAGCAUUCUAACUCAUUACCAUCUGGUUGCUACAGCGAUAUAGAUUUCACGACUUUUAAUUUCAUAAAAAGUAACAAAGAAUGCUGUUCAACUCGUGACCAUCAGCUCAAUCCUAUACCUACUAUAGGCUCGAUAUUAGAAGUUGAAGAAAAUGACGUAUUUAAAACUCUUGCUUAUCAGAACAAAAAUAAUAAUGACCAGAAGAAUGAAAAAACGAAUGUUUUGAUAUUAAAAGCAAAGAAAAUCUUCAAGACUCUUAACAUAUUGACAGAACCUGCGUAUGUAUUCAUAAUUUUAACAUUAGUCGUAUACGAAUUCAUUCUAGUAGCACUACUUAUGAUAUUCGCAGACGUUGGAAUAGAAACUAGAAAUCAAGAUUUCAGUCUCAAAUGGAUAUUAAUUGCAUUUGGCAUGGGUGGCUUAUUUGGCAGGCUAAGUUUCAGUCGUAUUGUAAACUGCUUGGCAGAUAGGACGUAUUUAAUUGCUGCUGCAAUAUUCGUGUUAAAUGGAUUGGCAGCAGCUGGUGUUCUUUGGUCAACUGACCUCAUUUUAGUGACAGUAUUUUAUGCAAUUAUAGGAGUGCUGGAGAUCGGUGUGAUGCAAAUUAUUCCCAAAUUAAUUUUGCUUUACCUGGACACACAUGCGGAGCCUCUCAUUCUUUCAACUUCAAGUUUUCUGUCUGCUAUUGCAGUUUUGAUUAUACCAUAUGUAAUAGAUAGUGCAUCGGUUUACAGUAGUAGCCUCGUAAAAGGCUACACUGAUUGGCUAAUAUAUCUAAAGCCUGGCCAUAGCAUGAGAUUAGUAGACAUAUAUGAAACUUUCUUAAAUGAAAAGGCUUGA